CCGGCUCUUGCAUCCAAGCUUUGAAGCUAUCGUAUGAUCCUAAUAGAUAUGUCUUCCUCACAGCACCCGUAAUCAAUAACCGGUUCGUAUCCAGGACAGUGAAAUGCGCGCAUCAGAAUGGAGCAAAGUCUGUUCGCGUCCGAUAUCCGAUGGAUAUUUGGAGCUCUUUCCCUUCUAAAGGAGAUCAAAAACUAUCUCCCUUGCGAUGAUUUUUUCGACUAGGUUAUUUGUCCUGGACUUUGAACGAAUGAUGUUGCAAUCUCCCUUCAUGUGGAACGGCCACGCACCCAGGAUUAUCCUUCUACUGACUUCGGGUGUCAUCCCUGUUCUCGUGUUCUUUUCCAAAAGACGCAGGACCCAAAAUUUAGAUGAUUUCCCGACUGUUGGCUGCUCCUUCGGUCCGUCUCGUUGUUUCAGCAACUUUUACGUGGGCGCAUCCAGAUUUCUCGUAGACGCGCCAGGUGUCCUCAAGGAGGGAUACGAAAAGUAUGGUAAUAGACCAUUUAAGGUUGCAACCAUGCUACGCUGGACAGUAGUUCUCACUGAUCCCCAGCAUAUGAUGGAAAUUGCGAAUGCUGCGGAAGAAGACCUUUCGUUCCGUGAGGCUAUGAAAGAUAUCAUGGGUGUCGACGAUGCAUUGAAGAUCAACGUCGGCAGUCCAGAUCAUGAUCUUCUUGCCGAACUACUCAAGAGUCAUAUUGCUAGAAAUGCAACCAAAAUAUGUGCUGAAGUACAAGACGAAUUACUCGUCUCUCUCGAAACCGUUUUAGGAAAUGAGAGUGACGAUUGGACCUCGAUUCCCGCUUUGAGCACCGUAAGUCGAAUAAUGGUACAGACAUGGCAACGAUUCUUUGUCGGCUAUCCCCUAUGCCGCAGCUCUGAGUGGUCUUCCUUGGUGGCCAAGAUUCACAAAGAUGUGGCGAUCUCGAGCGUGAUCAGACGUCUUGUGCCAUCAUGGACAUUCCCAUUCUUUGCGAGACUGACUAGCAACCUCGAGGCAAAUGUUGAUCGUGCGACCAUUCUGUUGGGUACUGCAGUGGAGGCUUGCACGAGCGAAGUGGACGAAUAUGCUACUCCAAACGAGCAAAAGUUCGACUUCCUCGCGCGACUCGUAAGGCGAUCUACCGGUGAAGAUAGUUUGUUGAGAAACCUCACGACGCGUCUCCUUGGUUUCACCAUUGCGGUUUCAUCUACGCCCUCAAAUACCCUUACCCACGCCCUAUAUCAUUUAGCCACAAACCCCGAGUUUGCACAGGUAUUGCGGGAUGAAGUUGAUCCCAUCGUACAGCACGAUGGCUGGAAUAUACAAUCCGUCGCAAAGAUGAACAAGAUCGACAGUUUCCUGAGGGAAAGCGCCAGGAUCAACGGCGUAUCAUCUCUGGGAUUCUUCAGGCAAGCGACGCGUGAUCUCUCGCUCUCUGAUGGCACAUUUCUCCCCAAGGGUUGUACUAUCGCGGUCUCCUUACCGCCAUUUCACCGUGACAGCACCGCAUACGAGGCCCCCGAUGAAUUCAGACCUUUCAGGUUUUCGGACAAUCCAGAGCACAGCAUAACUACUAUCACACCUCAGUGGUUGUUUUUUGGCUACGGGAAACAUGCGUGUCCUGGGCGUUUCUUGCUCACUUAUCAGCUGAAAGUCAUGUUUGCGUACAUGAUAUCUGCCUACGACAUCAGAAUUGGUGAUGAAUGGACAUCGCGUCCGCCAAACUUCAUAUUUGGGGAGGGAAUCGUACCGAAUCUAUCUGCGCAUGUCUCAUAUAGAAGACGGCAGCCUAUAAGUGAUGCGCACUAACUAUUGAUGUAAUUUGUGGUAUUAGUUUUUGAAAUCCCACACUUUGCAUGAUA